ACUCCCCUGCCCGCGCCUCCGCGUCUGAGCUGGCUGGGAGGAAGGGGCCCCCGGCCGAACCACCGGCCUGCAGAAGUCUCUCCCUCUCGGCGGGCGGGGACUGCUCCGGGAACCAUGCUUCGGGUCAUCGUCGAGGCGGCCAGCAAUAUCCCGAAAACCAAAUUCGGGAAACCUGACCCCAUCGUGUCGGUGGUCUUUAAAGAUGAAAAGAAAAAAACAAAGAAGAUCGAUAAUGAGCUCAACCCACUGUGGAAUGAGGUUUUGGAGUUUGACCUGCGAGGGGUUCCCCUGACUACUUCCUCAACCCUCGUUGUCACCGUGAAAGACUUUGAGACGAUUGGACAGAACAGGUUGAUUGGGAGCGCGACGGUGCCCCUGAAGGAACUGGUGGGAGGCCAGAGUCGAUCCCUUCCAUUCAGGCUGACCCCCCUGCUAGGGGACCGGGGCCAGGACACCGGGGCAACCAUCGACCUGGUGGUGGGCUACGAACCCCCAACGGCAGCAGUCGACCCCAGUGACCCAGGAGGGCCCGAAGCCCGAGGCCUGGAGGAGGAAGAUGGAGAAGAGGAAGAUGGAGAAGAGGAAGAUGGGGUGGAUGGCCCCGCAGCGGGCAUUGCCCCCCGGGGCCCGGUGAAAAAUGUGGCGGGGGCCCAGCUGGCCCGGCGGAUUACAAAGGGGAGGAAGACUCGCCGGACUCUCUCCAGCAAACCACAAGACUUCCAGAUCCGAGUCCGGGUGAUCGAGGGCCGCCAGCUGACGGGCAACAACAUCAAACCGGUGGUGAAGGUCCAUGUCUGCGGCCAGACCCACCGGACGCGGAUCAAGAGAGGGAACAGUCCUUUCUUCGACGAGUUAUUCUUCUACAAUGUCCACAUGGCCCCUUCAGAGUUGCUGGAUGAGACGAUAAGCAUUAGGGUGUACGAUUCCCAUUCUCUACGAGCAGAUUGCCUGAUGGGGGAGUUCAAGAUCGACAUCGGUUACGUUUACGAUGAGCCAGGGCACGCAGUCAUGAGAAAGUGGCUCCUUCUCAACGACCCUGAAGACACCAGCUCGGGAGCCAAAGGUUACGUGAAAGUCAGCAUGUUUAUCCUGGGCACCGGUGACGAACCUCCCCCCGAGAAGAGGGAUCGCCACGACGACAGCGACGAUGUGGAGAGUAACCUGUUACUGCCCGCAGGGAUCGCGCUGCGUUGGGUGACGUUCCUUUUGAAGAUCUACCGAGCCGAGGACAUCCCCCAGAUGGACGACGCCUUUUCCCAAACCGUGAAGGAGAUGUUCGGAGGCAAUGCGGACAAGAAAAACCUGGUGGACCCAUUUGUGGAAGUUUGCUUUGCUGGAAAGAAGGUCUCCACGAACGUCAUCGAGAAGAACGCCAAUCCAGAGUGGAAUCAAGUUGUCAAUCUUCAAAUCAAGUUCCCCUCGGUGUGCGAGAAGAUCAAACUCACGGUGUUUGACUGGGACCGCCUGACCAGGAAUGAUGUGGUGGGAACAACGUACUUGCAUCUCUCUAAAAUUGCUGCAUCCGGGGGGAUGGUGGAAGAUUCUUCGUCUCCGGGAAAUGAGUCUUCGUCCUAUGAAGGAACGGGAGAAACGGAGGUUGGCUUCGUGCCCACGUUCGGGCCCUGUUACCUGAAUCUUUACGGGAGUCCGCGGGAGUACACCGGCUUCCCUGACCCAUAUGAUGAGCUCAACUCCGGGAAGGGUGAAGGCGUGGCCUACAGAGGCAGGAUCCUGGUGGAGUUGAGCACACUCCUGGAGAAGACCCCUCCAAACAAGAGGAUUGAGGCCAUUCCCAGCGACGACUUGCUGGUGGUUGAGAAGUACCAGCGCCGCCGGAAGUUCAGCCUGGCGGCCGUGUUCCACUCGGCGACCAUGCUGCAGGACAUCGGGGAGGCCGUGCAGUUUGAGGUCAGCAUCGGCAAUUAUGGCAACAAAUUUGACGCCACCUGUAAGCCCCUGGCCUCCACCACCCAAUACAGCCGGGCUGUGUUCGACGGGAACUUCUACUAUUUCCUGCCCUGGGCCAGCACGAAGCCGGUAGUCACCCUGACAUCCUACUGGGAGGACAUUGGUCACCGACUGGACACAGUGAACGUGAUCCUCAGCAUGGUGGAUCGCCUGCAAACAAACCUCACCGCCUUGAAGACAGCGAUCCAGAGCAAAGCUCCGGAGACCUACCUGGCCGAGGUGUGGCUGGAACUGAUUGAUGAGCUCGUGGAAGAUACAAGGAAACCCCUGCCCGACCUGGACGGAAAGUCCAACGUCACCGUGCUCGACACUCAGAUCCAGAAGCUGCGCCUCAGGGCUCUGGCUCAGAUCCGGGAGGCGGCCACGAGGAUGCGAGCCGAAGCCACCGAUGUGAAGCUCACUCUGGGGGAGAUUGAAGAUUGGCUGGAGAAACUAACCCAGCUGACGGAAGAGCCCCAGAACAGCAUGCCCGACGUCAUCAUCUGGAUGAUCCGAGGAGAAAAGAGGCUGGCUUAUGCCCGCAUCCCUGCACACCAGGUUCUGUACUCCGGCACCAGUGAAGACGCCUCCGGGAAAUACUGUGGGAAGACACAGACAAUCUUCCUGAAGUAUCCCCAAGACAGGAGCGGUGGAGUCAAGGUGCCAGCAGAGCUGCGGGUGAACAUUUGGCUGGGUCUCAGUGCCGCAGAGAAGAAGUUCAAUAGCUUCGCUGAGGGAACAUUCACAGUCUUCGCCGAAAUGUACGAAAACCAAGCUCUUAUGUUCGGAAAGUGGGGCACGUCCGGGCUGCUGGGAAGGCACAAAUUUUCCGACGUCACGGGAAAGAUCAAGCUCAAGAGGGAAUUCUUCCUGCCUCCGAAGGGCUGGGAAUGGGAAGGAGAAUGGAUGGUUGAUCCCGAAAGAAGUUUGCUGACCGAAGCAGACGCAGGCCACACCGAGUUUACCGACGAGGUGUACCAGAACGAAAGCCGCUACCCGGGGGGAGAGUGGAAGCAGGCCGAGGACAGCUACACGGACGUGAAUGGAGAUAAAGCGGCCACCCCCGGCGAGCUGACCUGCCCCCCCGGCUGGGAAUGGGAAGACGACGCUUGGGUCUUCGACACCAACCGAGCCGUCGACGAAAAAGGUUGGGAAUAUGGAAUUACGGUUCCUCCGGACAAUAAGCCCAAGUCGUGGGUUGCCGCCGAGAAGAUGUAUCACACGCACCGGCGCCGGAGACUGGUGCGCAAACGCAAGAAGGAUUUGACCCAAAGUUCCGCCGUGACUGCCAAGCGAAUGGCGGCGCUCGAAGACCAAGAAGGAUGGGAAUACGCUUCCCUGAUCGGUUGGAAAUUUCACUGGAAACAACGCAGCUCCGACACGUUCCGUCGAAGACGCUGGCGGAGGAAAAUGGCGCCUUCCGACACACACGGUGCGGCCGCCAUCUUCAAACUGGAAGGCGCCCUUGGAGCUGACACCAGUCCUGAUGAAGGGGAAGAAAAGAGAUCGGGAAAGCACGGCAGUCCCACCACCGUGUUCGGUGCCAACACACCCAUAGUUUCCUGUAACUUUGACCGAGUGUUCAGCUAUCACCUGCGCUGCUACAUUUACCAGGCCAAGAACCUCAUCGCCUUGGACAAAGACAGUUUUUCAGACCCAUACGCUCACGUUUCAUUCCUGCAUCGGAGCCAAACAACGGAAAUCAUCCACUCAACUCUGAAUCCAACAUGGGACCAGACUCUCAUCUUCGAUGAAGUGGACAUCUACGGCGAACCCCAGGCCAUCGCCCAGCACCCACCCAGCGUGGUCAUUGAGCUGUUUGACAGUGAUCAGGUGGGCAGAGAUGAAUUCCUCGGCCGAAGCAUCUGCUCCCCGGUGGUCCGACUGAGUCCCGGCGAAGACGUCACUCCAAAGCUGCGCUGGUAUCCCGUGCUGAAUGGCGGCAUCACCUGCGGGGAGGUGCUGUUCGCAGCCGAACUCAUUCUGCGGGACAAGGACGGCUCUAACCUUCCGAUCCUCCCGGCCCAGAGAGGAAAUCUGUUCAUGGUUCCUCAGGGAAUCCGGCCAGUGGUCCAGCUAACAGCCAUCGAGAUUUUAGCUUGGGGCUUGAGGAACAUGAAGAACUACCAAAUGGCAGCCGUGACUUCCCCCAGUCUCGUUGUGGAGUGUGGCGGGGAAAGGGUGGAGUCGAUGGUGAUCAAGAACCUGAAAAAAACCCCCAACUUCUCCAACUCGGUCCUCUUCAUGAAAGUGCUCCUGCCCAAGGAGGAAAUGUACACUCCCCCACUGGUUAUCAAAGUGAUUGACCACAGACCCUUUGGGAGGAAGCCCGUGGUAGGCCAGUGCACCAUCGAUCUCCUCGAGCAAUUCCGUUGUGACCCCUACACUGCCAAGCGGGACAUCAUCCCUCAUAUGAAGGUUUCGCUCCUGGCUGCGGCGGCUCCUCGUGAGGUGGUCAUCGAAGUGGAGGAACCCAAGCCUUUGCUGACCUCGCAGCUCACCGAAAAGGAGGAGGAGAUCGUUGACUGGUGGAGUAAGUUUUACGCCUCCACAGGGGAGCUGGAAAAAUGUGGGCAGUACGCACAGAAAGGCUACGACACCCUGAAGGUGUACGACUGUGAAUUAGAGCAGUUGCCGGAGUUUGAGGGCCUCACAGACUUCUCAGACACUUUCAAGCUGUACAGAGGCAAGUCGGAAGAGUAUGAUGAGCCAUCGCUGGCUGGAGAGUUUAAGGGCGCCUUCCGGAUCUACCCUCUGCCAGACGACCCCUCGAUUCCGGUUCCCCCGCGCCAGUUCCGAGAGCUCCCGGACAGCGGCCCCCAGGAGUGCAUCGUGAGGGUCUACGUGGUCAGAGGGCUGGACCUGCAGCCGCAGGACAGCAACGGCCUGUGUGACCCCUACAUCAAAAUAUCCCUGGGCAGAAAAGUCAUCGAGGACAGAGACCACUACGUGCCCAACACACUCAAUCCAGUUUUCGGCAGAAUGUACGAGUUGAGCUGCUUCUUACCGCAAGAGAAAGACCUGAAGAUUUCCGUCUACGACUACGACGCGCUAACUCGGGACGAGAAGGUGGGAGAAACCGUCGUAGACCUGGAGAACCGGUUCCUGUCUCGCUUUGGGUCCCACUGCGGCAUCCCCCAACAGUACUGCACCUCCGGAAUCAACACCUGGCGAGACCAGCUGCAGCCCACCCAGUUGCUGCAGAACGUGGCCCGGUUCAAGGGGUUCCCGCCCCCCAUCCUCUUGGAAAGUGGGAACAGACUGGAGUUCGGAGGGCGAGACUACAGCCUGGAUGAAUUCGAAGCCAACAAAGUCCUGCACCCCCACCUCGGGUCGGCUGAGCAGCGCCUGGCCCUGCACGUCCUCCGGACUCAAGGGCUGGUUCCCGAGCACGUCGAGACGCGCACUCUGUUCAGCACCUUUCAGCCCAACAUCUCCCAGGGAAAGCUCCAGAUGUGGGUGGAUGUUUUCCCCAAAAGCUUGGGUCCUCCCGGCCCCCCUUUCAACAUCAACCCCCGCAAGGCCAAGAAGUACGUCCUGCGGGUGAUUAUCUGGAACACAAAGGAUGUCAUCCUGGACGAGAAGAGCGUCACGGGAGAAGAGAUGAGUGAUAUCUAUGUGAAAGGCUGGAUCCCAGGAAAUGAAGAAAAUAAGCAAAAGACGGAUGUGCACUACAGGUCGCUGGAUGGGGAAGGGAAUUUUAACUGGAGAUUUGUCUUCCCCUUUGAGUAUCUCCCAGCUGAGGAGCUCUGCAUCGUUUCCAAAAAGGAGCAUUUCUGGAGCCUCGACCAGACCGAGUUCCGCGUCCCUCCGAGGCUGAUCGUGCAGAUCUGGGACAAUGACAAGUUUUCCUUGGAUGACUUCCUGGGCUUUGUGGAGCUCGAUCUGCACCGCGUGGUGAUCCCAGCCAAGUCGCCCGAAAAGUGCCACCUGGGCAUGAUCCCCGAUCCCGGGACGACCAACCCUCUGAAAAUCAAGACGGCGUCCCUCUUCGAGCAGAAGUCGAUGAAGGGCUGGUGGCCGUGCUACGCGGAGAAGGAUGGCGUCCGUGUGCUGAACGGGAAAGUGGAGAUGACGCUGGAAGUGCUGAACGAGAAGGAGGUGGACGAGAGGCCGGCGGGGAAAGGCCGGGACGAACCCAACAUGAACCCCAAGCUAGAGACCCCCAACCGCCCGGAGACCUCUUUCCUUUGGUUCACCAACCCCUGCAAGACCAUGAGAUUUAUUCUGUGGCGUCGAUUUAAAUGGGUCAUCAUCGGCCUGAUCAUCCUGCUGAUUCUGCUCCUGUUUGUAGCCGUGCUCCUCUACUCCUUGCCGAACUAUUUGUCCAUGAAGAUCGUGAGGCCGAACGCAAAAUAAGGGAGACCGCCAAUCCGUCCCGGCAGCCUCGGGGAGCCCCCCCCCAAUCCCACAGAGUUUCCUGGGGCCACAGACCCCGCUGCCCUCCACGCUGGGCUUCCCGGAGGAGGGGGACGUGACUUGCGGCCUCCCGCCAAGGACCAGGAUCGCGGAGUUACUUGUCCAAGGAUUUCGGGAACGGCGCUGCCGAGGCCCGUCUACCCCCAAGAUGAACCAAAAAUCCCCUUUAGCUCUGAAACCCUUCUUCCAACACCAGCUGGACAGAGUGUGAUAUCGGUUGAAAAUCAACACUCGUUUGCCGUCUAGCCUUCGCACCACUGCCGGGCCACUUUAGGGAGCAACUUUAUGGCACUGCUCAAACCGUAUAAUGGAACGAAAUAAAAACUUUUCAACUAUCUGUCUUUAAA